UCCCUGUCCCAUUUCUGGGGUCCGUGUUCCCUCGUCUUCCCCCCCCCCUCACCACCCUUUUUCCCCCCCGUGUCCCCCCAGGUGCACCCCCCGGCCCAGCGCGGUUUCUACGGGGCGGCGGCUCAGCUGAAGCUGCUGCUGGAGGUGCCCGAGCAGGUCUGGGGGGCGGUGGAGGGGGGUCGGUACCUGCCGGCCGCCCGGCUGCACCUGCUGGGUGCCCACCUGCGCCGGCAGCUCCAGCUGGACGCCCCCCGUGCCCGCAGCAGCCCCAUCCUCGCCCGCUUCCCCAUCCUGCUGCGUCAGGUGGCCGCCGCCAGCCACCUCAGAUCCACCAUCCUGCAGCAGAGCAAGGCCCUGCUGCGGGCGCGGGCAGUGUCGGACCAGGCGGUGGCCGAGGCCCUGUGUGCCAUCAUGCUGCUGGAGGACAGCUCCCCACGCCAGGCCCUGGCUGACUUCCUGCUGGCCAGGAAAAUGGCCAUCCAGCAGCUGCUCAACCAGCCACACCACGGUGCAGGUAUCAAGGCUCAGGUGUGUUCCCUGAUGGAGCUGCUCACCACCACCCUGUACCAGGCUCAUGCUCUGUUCUACACUGUGCCUGAGGGGAUGUCCCCGGACCCAGCCCUGCCCUGUGGAUUGCUCUUCUCCACCCUGGAGAGCACCACAGGCCAGCAGCCUGCAGGGAGAGGGGGGGUCCUGGAGGAGGACUUGAAGCUGAGCAGCUGGUUCAAGUACCUGCCGGAGUCCGUGGUGGAAUUCCAGCCGGCCCUGCGGACCCUGGCACACCCCAUCAGCCAGGAGCACCUCAGGGAGACCCUGCAGCAGUGGAUCAGCAUGUGCAGCGACGACAUCAGGGCCGGGGUCAGCAGCCUGCUGGUGUACGUGAGGAGCAUGAAGGGGCUGGCAGGGAUCCGAGAUGCCGUGUGGGAGCUGCUGUCCAGCGAGUCCGGCAGCCACAACUGGGAGGCCGUGUGCCGGCGGCUCCUGGACAGGCCCGUGUCCCUCUGGGAGGACCUGCUGCAGCAGCUCUUCCUGGACAGGCUGCAGACUCUGACCAAAGAAGGGUUCGACUCCAUCUCCAGCAGCUCCAAACAGCUGCUCACGUUAGCCUUGCAGGAACUGGAGGUCAAACUGGGCAACUCUGCCCUGAGCAAACAGAUCCAGCUGGAGCACAACGUGGCGCUGUUCCUGUGGUCGGAGGGCCCCGGGGACCUGCCUGCGGACGCGGCGUGGGUGAGCGUGGGGCAGCGCGGGCCCUUCGCCCGCAGCGGGCUGGCCAUGAAGGCGCAGGCGCUCACGCCGUGCGUGCAGAGCUUCUGCUCGGCCCUGGACUCCAAGCUGAAGGCCAGGCUGGAUGAUCUCCUGUCCUACCUCCCCGCGGAGCCCUCGGUGCCCGCGGAGCCGGCGGCGCGGCCGCGCUCCGCCUUCGACCGCUUCGCCGACGCCGGCACCGUGCGGGGGCUGCUGCGCGACCACUGCGGCGCCUGCGUCCAGCACCUGCUGGGCUGCGUCAGGGAGGAGCUGCAGAGCGCACAGGGCCCCCCCGGCGGUGCCGGGCUCAGUGCCGUCCUGUUCAUGGCCAGGCUGUGCCAGGCCCUGCCCGAGCUGUGCCCUCACCUGCAGCGCUGUGUCCUGGGCCCGGCGGGCAGCGCGGACACGGUGCCCAAGGAAACGCGCUCCACCAAGAAGCUGGGGAAGGGGAAGGCCCAGGAAGUGACCCCCGAGCAGGCCAAGUGGCAGGGGCUGAAGGCAGAGCUCCUGCAGCAGAGCCUGUUGGCUUAUCAGAUCUGGAGCUCCGCUGUCACCAAAGGUCUGGUUCAGUGCUUCACCCACACGCUGCUGCUGGACACGGCUGGUUCUGUCCUGGCCACAGCCACCAGCUGGGAUGAAAUUGAAAUCCAGGAGGAAACUGAGUCCGGGAGCAGCGUAACGUCAAAGAUCCGGCUGCCCGUGCAGCCCUCCUGGCACGUGCAGUGCCUCCUGUUCAGCCUGUGCCAGGAGGUGAACCGGGUGGGUGGCCACACUCUUCCCAAGGUGACCCUGCAGGAGCUGCUGAGGACCUGCAUGGCAGAGGUGCUCGCUGCCUACGAGAAGCUCAUGGAACAGAAGCAGGAGAAGAAGGUGGACACCUUCCCCCUGACCCAGACCAGAGCUCUGCAGUUGCUCUACGACCUGCGGUACCUCAGCAUCAUCCUGACGGCCAAGGGCGAGGAGGGGAAGCCCAGCAGGAUCAAGCAGGACUCUGGGAUUGAGAAGGUGAUCGACUUCCUGGAGGGACACAUCGAUCCCUUCGACUUGGACGUUUUCACUCCACACCUGAACAGCAACUUGAACCGCCUGGUCCAGAGAACCUCCGUUCUCUUUGGCUUGCUGACGGGGACAGAGAACCAGUACACGAGCCGGAGCGGGGCACUGAGCUCGCAGGAGCUGCACAACAUCCUGCCCUUGGCAUCCAGCCAGAUCAGGUUUGGGCUCCUGCCGCUGAGUAUGUCGAGCUCACGGAAGAGCAAGUCCACUGCCAGGAGCACGGAGCGAGUCCAGGUUGCAGCUCCUGUGCUCCCCAGAGAAGACGAGGCCUCCCGCCCGGGCUCCCUGUUCAGGCAGCUCGUCACCGAGGACGAGGACACGGCGGCGCCUUCUCUCUUCAAGCUGGGCUGGCUCUCGGGCAUGACCAAGUGAGGCAGCAGCAAAUAAAACGCUGGGCUGUG